UGUGAACCUUUUUUUUUUUUUUAACUUUUUUUAAAAGAUUUUAUUUAUUUGAGAGAGAGAGAGAGGGACAAACUGACUCAGUGCUGAGCCCAGACCCUGGUGCUGAGCUUGAUUCCAGGACCCUGAGAUCAUGCCUUGAGCCUAAACCAAGAGUCAGACACUUUACCCACUGAGCCACCCAGGUACCCCCCAUGUGAACCUUUUUAGGAAAUCGCCUACUUACUACAAAAGCAGACAGAAAACACCUAACUCUUAACCUGUAAUAGCCUUUUUCUUUUUUAGGUUCUCUCUAAAUCUAGAAACCAUGAUUUAAUGUUCAGACUUGUAUUUAGGAACAUUUUAUUUUCAUUGGGAGAAUCCAUUGUCCCAUUUCUAAGUAUUAAUGUCCUUUAUUAGUCAUUGCUCAGUAGUAAUUUUACCCUAUGAUUACAAAGUGGACAGUGAAUGUAUAAUUUUUCUGUACAACUGAAAACCAGUACUUUAAGUACAGAAGCUUGCUUAUUUAAAUUCAAGUUACUUAAAUUCAAAAAACUUUUUUUGCUUUAUUUUUGACAGAAACGCUUCUAAAACAUGCUACAUAAAGUCUCUGCACAAAAAAAAUUCUCUGCACAACAUAUCUUGUGCUCCAUGUUUGAAAAUCAUUAAGGAUUUUUUAUAAUUUUUGCAAUUUUGCUGUUAUUCUUUGGAGACUAAUUCUGAGCUAACUCUGAAGUUAUAAAGCUACUUUAUAUGUGAUUAAUGGAUGCCUGGGAGUUGAUGUACAUAUAUAUUCAGAAAUGUUUUGCCACCUGAGACCUGUGAGAAGGUCAUGUCUAGAGAAGAUAUUUCCACACUGGUUUCUCUCCUCAAGAGCUUUAUCAGGAGCUGAAGCAGUCAAUGCCUUGAGGCCAUUCUAUUUUGCAGUACAUCCAGAUUUCUUUGGACAGCACCCCAGAGAAAGGGAAGUCAAUGAAAAUUCUCUUAAGAGAUUAAGUGUCUACUUAGAAAACCUCCAGAAACCAGGCUUCAAGUCUUUGAAACCGACUCAGCUUACAUUUUAUGUAAGAGAAACAGAGCAGAAUUCCUCUGAAGGCCAGGAACCCUUUAGCACUUCCGGAUUUCGAGCAGUCAAAUUUACUUUGCACACCAGAGAUCUCCUAAGCACAGUAUUAUAUAUUCUCAACUCCUGCAGUUUAUCUAUUGAACAUAUCCAAAGCUUGAAUACUAAUGUGCAUUCCCAGCCUCUCAAGGAGGCUAAAAGGAUGUCUGACAGGCCCAUCAAGUGGGACAAAUCUUAUUACUACUUUACUGGAUUCAAGGACCCUCAUGAAGACCUCGAACAAGUCUCGAGAAUGGAAACAACGUUAACGUUGCAGAAGAGGAAUCAGAAGGAGCAUAUGCUGAAUUACAAUGGUCACAAAGAGCAUAAAAAUUAUAAUUCUUCAAAUUUACAUCAAACUGAUCUUCACUUGAUUUAUAAAUUGUAUUCACAUGAUCAAAAUUUAUUCUUGAAAACAUUUUAUGUUCUUUUAUUUGGUGAUAGCUUGUGGCAAUAUUAUGUUUAUUUUCAAUAUAACAGGUUAAAGGUUAUUGAAAAUGAAUUGAUACAGGCUUCAACGAAAAAAUUUUCUCUGGAAAAGUUUUAUAAGGAGCCCAGCGUUUCUAGUAUACAAAUGGUGGAUUGUUGUAAGAGACUUCUAGAACAGUCACUGCCUUACCUACAAGGGAUGCACCUCUGCAUUUCACAUUUUUAUUCUGUUCUUCAAGAUGGAGACCUUUGUAUUCCUUGGAAUUGGAAGGAUGGAGAAGCCAUUAAGUAACACAGAAUUAUUUUUGAAGACAUAAGAAACUGUUAAACUAAUUUAAAUCCACAAUUUAAUAUAACAGUAUUAUUUACAUAUGACAAGAACAAAGUUUCUAACUGCUGCUCUAAAAGUAGAACUUUUUUUAAAAUUAAUCUCUGCUACAAAACUUGUUUUAAAAGGUUUUAUCUCCCAGUCUUACGGUGUUUCUUAUCUGAUUGGCAAGAUUGGGUAAAAAGAUGUCAGAAUGAAAGAACAUAUUUUUAGCGGUGUGUAAAUGAGGGAUUCUGCAGAGUCAAGGAUAUCUAUUUUUUUAUGAGUGAAUGUGGGUACGUGUAAACAGGUCUCAGUAAGCACAGCUCUGAAGUAAUGGGACUCAUUCAACAUGCAACUUGGUAGUUAACAUCUCAUGCGUCAGCACGAACAUGUAUUUUGCAGCCAGUGGGGGACAGUUGCUGUCCAAAACAGGAGACUGAUGGGUAGCAAAAAUUAGAUAACCAGAUUUUUCCUGAAAGAAAGAGUAGAAGAAAAAAAAGCAAUUGGAUGUAUGUAUAGUAUUGACAUUGUCAAAAGCAGUCUGAUACCAGUUUGUUAAAACAUCUUAGUGACAGAAAAUUUAGGUUUAAAUCCAUAAGUUUUCCUACCCAUUAAAAUAUUAUAACUGUUGGUAGCAUGACACUAACAGACAGUAAGUGUCUUUGAAUCAGUGAGGUGACUCAUUUGUUUUUGUGGACAGACUAUCUGGAAAAACCCUUGCUUGUUUCCCCAAGAGUUCCAGCAAGUAAGGAGUAUAAAAUGGUUCAGGCCAUUCAGGAUUUCUGUCACCCCCUCAACCCCGGUCUUCCUGUUCCUACCAGUGUUUCACAUGUGGGGUGAGGCCCCUCUGAGCCAUCCCUUGUGCAUAGUUGUGUGGGCUCCUGAGGCCACAGCACAGCUUAGCCCCAGAGACACGGGGGACCCGCUCUGGAGACACAGGGCUUCUCUCUCCACAGGUGUUUCCCUUCGGGUAAUAUAUUUCACCAGAUCCAAAACCUCUUUGGCUCGUUUCUCAAGAGGAUAAGGUGAAUCCUAAUUUGGGACACCAUUUUUGUAGCCCCUACUGCUGAAGAAAUGGGAAAGGAAUUUUUUUCCCACAGUGCAUCAGAAAGAAAAGGAGCUGUUAACAACCAUUCUUGAAGUUCAUUUCAAAUUCAUCUAAAACACUAUUAUUUAAACUGUUUAAAUUCAAAUAUGUGUUCAAAAGAAAGAGUGAUUUGUAAUUUUUAUAGUUUGUGCAUAUCACCUCUUUGAACCUUCAGUAACAACUAUACUGAAUUUUUUUUUCUAAUAUAAAAAUGUUGCCUAUAAAGAUUUUCCAGAGCCAAAUGAUGGAGGUGAAAAAUUCCUUCCUUAAAGAUUACAUAAGAAAAUUUAUUGAAAUAUAGGUUUGGAUUAUGCCAUUUCUAAAAUCAACUAAUAGAAUCUUAAUAAUGUUUUGAAUUGGACUUUGUCUCAGAACUGAUUGUUAAUAAUAUAAUAAAUAAUACAUUAAUCAUA